AUGGCCGAAUCUGAUGGCGAUGCGUGUGCUCAUGAUGUAACUUUCGCAGGAAUGUGCGUCCAGUGUCAUCGCAUCGUAUCCACUGCACCGGACAAGGCCAAGGCCAUGCAGCGCCCAGGCUUUCUCACAACGGCUGUAGAUUUGCAGGUGUCUGCAUCGCUCCUCUCGAGUUUGGAUGCUGAUGAGCAAGUCCGCCGGGCUUCUGAAAGAAAGCUGGUACUUGUCAUGGACCUGGAUCACACCCUGGUGACUGCUGACAUGCGGAGUAUGCCGUCAAAGAUGAAGAUUCGGAAGCGGCCCGGCGUAGACGAUUUCCUCCAGGUCACGAGGGACACCUGCGAGAUUUAUGUCUACACGCAAGCAACAGGCGCCUAUGCACAGAAGGUCCUGGAGAUCUUGGACCCUGAUCGCCGGUAUUUUGGAGAUCCACCGCGCAUCUUUCACCGAGAGAACACGCCACAAGGCUUCAAGGACCUGUCGCAGAUCUUGCCAAAGGAUGCAACUUCUGCAUUGAUCGUGGAUGACCGGGAGGAGGUUUGGCCGGUGGUUGUCCGCCAGUCUCAGCUGUUGAAGGUCGUCCCCUAUCUGCCUUUUGAGGGGGAUACCCGUCAGCACCUGGACUUUGAGGGUAAGCUCACCGGCGCCACUGCGGCUGAUCCCUCCACUGCUUCCUUCCCCUGGAGCCAAAGCGCCGGAAGAUUGACGCAGCUUUCUGCGAGUCGCACUGGCCCUUGCGGGCGAGAGAUUUCCAACUGA